AUGCCAGCAUCCCGUCUCGUCUCCCUGGCAAAGGACAAGUUCGGCCAUGACAGAGUGGUUGCCAAUGAGUACAAUGCUGUCACAGAGAUCAUCACAGGGCGAUAUCAUCUAGAAGAAGCAGACCCAGAGGUCAGCGCAGACGUUCAGGCAGGGUUAGCAAACAAGGGCAAGACACUCGAACAGAUAGGCUAUGACCCAGAUAAGGAACUGGCAAAGAUCAACGAGCAAUACCAAACGGAGGCAGAGAAAGCGAGAGACAAUGAGAAGCGCACAGGCAGGAAGCGCAAACGCGACCAGACCUCCGCAGAAGAUGGCGACAUAGAUCUCACGGACAUUGCGAACAGACUACCGAAGCAUCCCUGCUCUGGGCUCUUUUGCUCGAACGGGUUUGACUGGCACGAUGGCAAUGCCACGCCCAUCAUUGACGAAAUAAUGAACUCCAUCGAGGACCACUGCUCGGCACACGACGGUCCCAUCACCAGCAAAGGCCGCAGCCGUAAAGGCAUCAAAUUCAGCCUCACAAACGAGUACCUCCGAGUCGCAUUGCAGAGUAUCUUCAAGAGCGGACAUCGACUACGCUCCCGCAUCGAGGCUUCUCUCGAGCGUUUCAUCCGCUUGAACCUCGACGCCUUUCCCGAAAUGAGGACUCGCCUCAAGCCACUGCCUUGCGGACCUUACGACGAUACCCUCAAGAUCUUACCGGAGAAGGACGGCCUGGCGCUUGACUUGCCCCUGACUGUCGACAAGGCAGAACAAACCGCCGAGGCCAUCUUCGAUGCCGUAGAGCGGCGGUUCAAGCGAGAGGCACCCGAGUCGGCGCGCUUCAGGGAGCCCAAGGGAACGAGUAAGAAGGAGAAGAAGCGGCGGAAGCUGACUGGAACCUCGAAGAAUGUCAGCCUCGAGGAGAAGUACUCGCUAGCGCCAGUGAAGGAGGAUGAUGAUGGGAAGAAUUUCAAUUUCAAAGAUACGCUGAAGGCUUGCUUUGCGGGGCCGCAUGGUGUUUUGGAGGCAUUGGAGGUGGAAGUGUACAGGCUUGCCGAGCUUGAGCACAAGGCGUUCCCGGAGCUGUCGGGCUGGCCCACGCCUUGA